AUGGAAAAUUCCUGUGUGUCUGUGAACAUUGGUCCACCCGACAAGAAUGGCCUAAGGGUCUGUCAACUGAGUGAUUCUGAUCACACACAGCAUCCCGAUGACCUUAAACCCCAAGAAGGAUAUUUGUAUUGGGCUUCAAAGGUACGGGAAAAAAAUGGAUUUUACCCGAUGAUGUUUAUUUACUUAUUUUUGAUACUAAAAAUAUUUCUGAAAAUAAAUCUGUCCUUGUAGAAUACGUGCUCCAGCAAGCCCUGUCCUCGAAAUAUGACCUGCAUUAAUGGGUAUACUGACAAGGGAUACAUUUGCUCAAUGUGUAAGGUUGGUUUCAUGGGAGAAAGAUGUGAACAAGGUAAAAAAAGAACUUUGUUUUUCGGUAUUUAAGUUUAUUCUGAAUUUUUUUGGUCCUCUCCUCUUUUGUACGAUUAGUUGGUAAUAAAAAUCAAUUAAUUCACACAAUCAGUUUCUUUGGGAGAACUCUCUUUCCCUAAAUUUGUUUAUUUAACAAAUAGAGAAGCCUUGACUGUGCUCUGUUCUGUUAUAAAGCACUUAGGAAGCGGCUAGAGCACUCAAGAAGUGAGAAGAAACACUCGACUACGUCUCGUGUUUCUCCCUACACUUCUUUCGUGCUCUAGCCGCUUCCUAAGUGCUUUAUAACAGAACAGAGCACAGUCAAGGUUUCUCUAUUUGUUUUAUAAUAAAGAAUCUGUUAAAUUCCCUUUGCAUUACUUUCAAUUUUCAAAACAAACUUUAUUUCCAAAGCGAACAACAGUGUCGUCAGCAUGCCCUAUACUCUCGUAGAGCACACUAAAAUAAGCCAAUCAGAAUCAUUGUUAGAAUUGUUCAAAUAAUCUGAUUGGCUGUACAAGACAAAAGCUGUCAAAAGUGUCAAACCAUCAAAGUUAAAAAACCAUCAAAGUUUACAAUCUGCGAUAGUUUACAAACUAAAAUAAUUCGGCAGGUCGAAUUUAACGCUUUUGCCUGAAGUUUUUAACACAGAAUCUUGAAGUGAAAUGUUCAGUGAACUUCAGCCGAAUUAUGGCUCAUAAAAACACGCGAGUUUUUUCACAUGACAAGGUAGAAAACAAACUGUUCAAGGAGAGAGUUUUUUAAAUGAACGACAGCCGAAUUCACCGGAACAUGAAGAUCGCUCAGGAUGACAGCGCCGCAAAACUCGGCUGCAGUGACUGAAGUGACUUUCCACUCAACACAUCCGAAAGGAUAUCAGAACGAGCUCUUAUUUUUUCGCUCAAAGGGCGGCCGAUGUAGUUUCUGAGGCUUGCUUUACUGUGAUGACCGGAGAUCGCCAUGAUAAGCGAACCGCGAUGGACUUCAGCAUGAUCAUAUUUGCUCAGACACCGUCAUGAUUAGUAUGAAUUUUUAACAGUUAUGCCAGUUUUGUUAUAUUUUUCAUCAUUUCUGUUUUGUUCUGUUUUGUUUUUGAACUCUGAACUUUAUAUACUAUACAAGUGUUGGCUGUGUUUGAUUUUUAUUACCGCAGUAAGCUUGCAAUCUAACUGAGCGUGAAAAUAUUUGGUUCAUACACAUGCCAAUGCAAGCCAGGAUUUAGUUGCAGUUAGUAUGAAAGAUGUUUUGAUUGUUAAUCAGUGCAACGUCUAUACAGUAAUUAUAAGGAAACUGAUGAGAUUCUCAUCAACCAACGCCACAGGUUCAUAACCAACAAUUCGUGUCUAAGUUGAUCAAACCAUAAUUUGAAAUAGCUUGCAUCAUGGUAUCCUUUUGAAAAAAGCCAGAUUUUCAUGAAUAUGUUUAACCAAAUUUCCAAAUGUACAGAUUCUGUCAUGUUUUCUAUUACUUCUACUACUACGUUCUUAAAGAGUUUCAGAGUUUAAAAAUAAUAAUAAUAAUAGUAAUAAUAGUUAUAAUAAUAAAAAGAGGAACAGGAAAACAAACAAAAAAAUAACAAUAGAUUAUAUCAAGAUUUUUAUCUUUCUCAAUUAAAUGAAAGAACGUGUGAUAUGAAAAAAUGGUUCGAGUAGACUUUUUUAUCCUUCAGCAUUUCAAGCCGCUUUUACAAAUCUCAAUGCCACUGGAAGAUAUGGUCCAACGACAUUGGGUAGCCACUACACAGGUCAGGAUCAUGACGGACAAGUUACACUGUCCAGCGGUAUUCAACAGUGGAAUGUGCCGUACACUGGUGACUACAGAAUAGAAGCGAUCGGAGCAGCAGGAGGGUACGAUCCAUUUCGAAGCAGUGCUCAGUACCGAGGAAGAGGAGCAAUUAUGAUCGGAACAUUUCGUCUAAACAAGGGUGAAGUCAUACAAAUAAUUGUUGGUCAAGAAGGAGGAAUAAACAAGCAAGAGUGGUCUUCUGGAGGUGGUGGAGGUACAUUUGUAGUGAGAGGAGCCAAUACACCUUUGAUGGUAGCUGGAGGCGGGGGAGGGGUACAAAGUGUCAAUUCAAGUCAUGGAGGAUGUGACGCCAGCACACAAACAGCAGGGAAUCCUGGAUACAAAUCAUGGUCAGGGGGGAGCAAUGGACAUGGUGCACGGACUGCUGAUAAUAGCUCCCAUUCAGGUAAAAACGUAUUGUCAUGUUUCCUUACUCUUCGUGGCUUUGGCAGCAACUUAAUCGAGUCGCACGUUUCCGGUCUCUCUGCAAGACUAGUGCUCAUAAGGUGGCAGUAUCGUUAUCAAUCUGGUUUCUGUUUGAGUAUCAAAAUAUAGUUCAAGUUUUCACCCGGUGUCCAUCCAAGCAUCAAAUACUUUUAUAUUCCUUAGAGUAUCUCCUCCUUUGAUUUAUCAACGUUUUAAAAACCGAGAAGAAAUUAUGAAAUUCUGCUUCAUCCAAAGAUUUGAACAUCGAUAUUCAUUACACGGUUUAGGUUCGCAUCUUGGGAGUUUACGGACCAAAUGUCACAGCAGUCAUGGCGAAGUUUACAUACCUCAUUAAUUCGUUCAAAGAAGGUCGCAAAUUCGCAAAAAGAAAAAACGAAGUAGGUAUUUUCGCUAUGAAACUUUUCCCGACAUUUUUUGGCUAUGAAACUUUUCCCGACAUUUUUUGGUUGACCACAUGUCAAGCUAUAUCAACACUGAAAAAAAAACAUGCAGUUCCGACUGCCAAUAGAAACACAGAAGCGUCCUGUACAGACUCUCAGCAAGAACACAUUCCGCGGGUUACUAUCCAUCAGUUACCCAUGACAGACCUAUAGUUAAAUUCAGCUGAACGGCAAUUUCUAUUUCAACUCUUUUUUAUAUAAUUUUUAUCUUAAAAGCGGCCUGGGCACUCCGCGGAAAAACUUAAUGGUCGCUGAUCUAUUGCGAGCAGCGAAGAUUGCUUAAACCCCAAGCCUUUAUCCGUUUCGACAUUCCGCGUCGAGUUUCUUGAAUUCUUAUGAAGACAGCCAGACCUCUUUUUACUUUCAUCUAAGGAACCUUCUCCUUUUCAUCUAUCUCUAUUCUCAUUCUAGUCUUAAACGCAGGCAUAUAUCAAAGGUCUUAACGUGUAACCGAAAUCAGGAGAUGUUUUACGUAAUCGAAAUUCAAGGAUCAAGAUGUUUUGUUAUUAGAAACCCUUCGGGAGUAAUUUAUGUUGACAUGUUAUAAUUGGCUAUUCAGAAUUUGGCCCGCUGACGAAUUCAGUUCAAAGAUAUUUUUGUAAAUAACUCGCAUGUUUCUCAAUAUUUUAAGUAAAUCUUUCUUGGAAAAUAUAUGUUAAAUAACGAAGUUAAUAAAAAAAAAAGAAAUUCCAAAAAGAUGGCCCUAGAAGGUCUACCGUAUCUUUAAAUCAAUUUCCAUCUAUUUCCUCAGGUGGAGGUGGUGGCGGCUUUUGUUCAAGUGGAAGAAGUGGAGCGUAA